AUGUCCUCUACCGAAGACCCAGUUCCUGUUGCGGCUGAGGAGGCUGUGGACACCGUUGUUUCUACUGAAGAACAACUGGUCACCGAUCAAGAAGAAGCUCAACAAUCUGUUGCAGAAUCAAUGGGGUCUCCCACAAGGGACACACCAUCUGGAAAAGACGAGCCGGUUACGUCUCCAGAACGGAGCCAGGCAUCUUCAACAGGCCAAAAACGCUCCUUAAUUGCUGGCGGCCCAAAGCGCCCAGGCGGUGUCGCUACGCGAACUACAAAAUCGUCCGCUGCGACAACUGGUAGGUCGACUUCGGGGAGCACUCUUAGCAAACCCCCAAUUAGACCUGCGGCCAAUACUGCCGCCAGAAAAACCCCAGGCUCUACGACUCUUGGUGGGGCCGCAAGUACUACCCGUGCAUCACGCAUGUCCAUCGGUAGUUCGGCUGAUGAACGAGCCAAAGCUGUUGCUAGCUCUGGUGAUGAGUCUCGAAAGAGUGGGAUUUCAGGAACUGCAAAGCGCACUUCAAUGUCCGGAACACUGGGCUCGAGGACUGCUACUACUGCAAGGCAGUCUACCACUCCUGCGGAUAGAAGGUCUUCCAUAACACCUGCAACAGAGAGAAAACCAGCAACCUCCCGCCCCUCAACUGCAUCCUCGCAAACGCCAACUAAGCCUGCUGCAAGACCCACCCCGACGGCCUCUACAACUCCGAGAACUACUAGAACCAUUUCUACUUCUGCCAAAGCCACGUCUAGUACGGAUGCUGCAAAGAGACGUAUCGGGGCGCCGGGUUCACCUGCUGUUACCAGACGGGCUGCCGGAGCUCCUACGCUGGAUGAAGGGGCAGAGAAUGACAAGAUGGCUGAAUUGGAAUCCCAACUUGCCGCCAGUGAGGCGAAGCUUACUGAAGCUCAAGACAAGAUCUCAGAACUUGAAAAAUCCGGUGAAGACAGCUCCAAACACGAGGAGUUGGCGGAGUCUUACUUCCAGGAGAUCAAGACCUUGCAGGGUAAACUGAAGGAAGCGGAAGCCAAGUACCAGGAGGCAGUUGAGCGAUCUGUGAAAGAAUUGGAAGAAGCUAAGCGUAAGGCUGCUGAUUUGGGGGAGUCUAAGAGCACCGAAGCACUUAACCUGCAACGCGAGGAGCACGAGGCCGCCGUUCAAAGUCUAGAGGCCGAACUUGCUACCAAACAUAAAGCUAUCUCUGAGUUAACUAGUAAGGUUGACGCCCUGAAUAAGGAUCUAGAUGAGGCAACCAAAAAUGUUGAGCAACUGAAGGAGGCCGAGAGGGAAGCCACCGAGGCUCUUCAGCUGAAAGUAAACACUCUGGAAGAACAGUUGAACUCUAGUAAGAAAGAAUUAGAGUCUGCUCAAGAAUCGUCUACCCAAAGCGCUGCUGCCCUAGAAGAAAAGGUUUCCAGUCUUGAGAAGCAGCUGGAGAAAGCUCGAUCAGAGGCCGAAAAAGGGUCCGCUGAUUCAACCAAAGCAUCACUUGAGAAAGAGGAAGAAAUCAAGAAACUGAAUUCAGAAAUUCAGUCCCUACAAGAUGACAUUACCAAGUCUCAAGAGGCCAAAGCUGAUGAACUCGAGAAACAGAAAGCUCAAUUGACAGCUGAGCAUGGCCGUGCUCUGGCUGAGAUGGUAGCAGGUCAUGACGCUGCUCUUGCAAAACUGGCUGCUGAGCAUAACACAGAGAGAAGUGAGGCGGAGACAGAAAUAAAAGCGGCAAAGUCAGCUUCGGAGCAGGAGAUCAAGAGCUUGACAGAGAAACACGAAGCGGCUAUUGCGGAGAUCAACAAGAUGGUGGAAAAACUAACUGCUGAAAAUACUAGCCUCAGCAGCAAAGUCGAAAGUUCUCAAUCAUCUUUCGAUACUGAGAUUCAAAGCCUCAAGGCUCAACUUUCUAAAGCUGAAGAAGCCCUUGCCAAUGAGAAGGUUAAUGCCGAGAAACGGAGUGCUGAUGAGAGGGCAGCAUCCGCUGAGAUUGAUUCCCUCAAAACCACCAUCCAGGGUCUUGAAGCGGAGCUUGCACAGCAGAAGUCUGUUAUUGAGACUUUGACGGCGGGUGUUGAGGCUGAAAAGGCUCAAGUUGCAGUUUUGCAGAAAGCUCUUGAAGCAUUUGAAGCCGAUAGCAAGAACAAAGACGAACACAAUGUCAACAUGAACAAGAAGCUCAGCACCGAGAUCGAGAACUUGAAUAAGUCACUAGAAGAAAAGACUCAAGAAAUUAAUUCUGCCAAAGAGCAGCACUCUGAGGCUCUCGAGGCCAUGAAAACGUCCCAUGCUGCUGACAUUGCCAAACAUGAAUCGGAGACAGUUGCAUUACAAGAAAAGCUCAAGACAUUACAAGAGGAACAAGAGACCCUCCGGACAGCAAAGGAAGAGGCUGAAGCCGCGCAUAAAGCUAAGAUUGAGGCACUCCAAACUGACCAUGCUCAACAGAUCGAAGAGCAUUCCGCCAAAUUUGCAGCUUUAUCUGAAUCACAUAAAGCAAACGAGUCUUCGACUAAAGAGCUCGAGGAUUCCCACGCAAAGCUAAAGGAAGAGUUUGAGAAAACUUUGGCAAAGACCAAGGAAGAUUUAGAAUCUACCCACUCAAAGGGAGUUGAGGAGCUUCUGGCUGCUCACGAAGAGAAACUUAACAACCUAAGAUCUGAAUAUGAAGCCAGUUCUGCGGAGAAACUUUCUGCCGCAGAGAAGAAUCACUCAGAGAUUGUUGCUAAGCUUCAAGCGGACCUUGAAAAGGCUAAGGAGGCUGCUGCUGACACUACUUCCCUUGAUUCUUUGAAGGCAGAAAUGGAGGAGUUGAAAGCUAGCCACGCUUCACAGGUGGAAACCCUUGCGAAGGAAAAAGCAGAGCUGGAGGCACGUAUUGAUGCUGCAGGAAACUCUGCCAAAGAUGCGGAAGCAGCUCGAGAGGAGUUGAUUGCUAAGCAUGCUGAAGAACUCAAGGCAGCUCAAACCGACGCCACGAAGAAUAGUGAUGCUCAUGCUGCUGCGUUGAAAGAAAUCAACCAGCUUAAAGAUGCAGCUUCUGAGGCGCAGGCCAAUUCCCAAGAGGUAGAGAAAAAAUACUCCCAACUUGAGAGCGAUAUGGCCGCUUUAAGUGAGAAGAAUAUGGAGAUGGUAGAGAAGAUUCAGGAAUACGAAGCGUCUGUCGCCAAAGCAAAUAGGAAAAUCCGUGAACUUGAAUUUGAUCUUAAAGAUGCACAGAAAACCGCCUCCCCAACCUCCAAUGGAACUAGCCAUGGGAAAUCCGGCCUAGGGGCAAGCAAGUGGGCAACAACGGAAGAAGAGACGCAGCCUGCGAAGGAGGAGACAGAUGGCAAGCAGGAGGACUCGGUUCCAUCUGCCAUGGAAGGUGAGAAGCUUAGCUCUUCUAUCGCGGGGACGGUGCGCGCACCUCAUUUCCUAUCCUUAGUUACAAGCCCUUAUCCUCUUUAUUUUUGGGGGUUCGGGCUUCUAUGCCUAAUCCUACCGUGGAGCCAUUUGGGACUGCCUGAUUUUACCCUACCGCGCGGAUUACGCACUAUUUAUCGAAAGUUUUGCUGACUAUGAUAUCCCUACGUAUAUAGGUGGCGAGCAUUCAGGAGCAACUGCGACAGCUUGAGGACAUGAGCGGUGACAUGGUGGAAGACCGUGAAAAGAUUGCAAAUGUCCUUGCGCAGGCCAGCCUGAAGGGAGAGUCUGGCUCACCUAAUCCUACUUUACCAGGGCCCAAUGACAAUUCCAGCGAAGCCUUGUCUGCGUAAUGGUUGCAUAUCAUUAGCUCUUCGAUGCCUUUGACUGGUCGUGUUUUCAUUUUAGCUACAUACCUCUUCACUCGCCCGUUUCACUAUAAUAUACUGUGUGAGAGAUUCCCUUUGUUAUGAGAUACCUCCUCCUUUUCCCUGUAUCUUGAUUGACCCUUCCUCAUUAUUACUUGUUCAAUAAUAAACUUCCUCGAAUAAUACACUACUAUGGCUAUGGUUAUAUAUCCAGCCACCCAGCUGCCCUAUUUUUCUGAAUACAAUUCCUACCUUCUGUUUAUACAUUUUUAUCCUUCGUAUCUGCCAGAUAUUGCAUCCACAUAGCUCUUUCGUUAUCAAUUUGUGAGAUAUAUGUACAUGUCAUAAAUCCUGCUACUCUCGACAUAUUAUCUUUGUGCAUAUCUCCAUACGAAAGGAGCAAUGUAAAGGAGAAGUAAGAGUCAAAUGUCACCCCAAUAAUGAAUGUUUUGCCUCGGCUUAGCCCAGGUUCUAUUGGUGGAACCUUAAGGCUGUCGGCCGUCCACUCCCGUCCACCUGCACGGGCAAUGGUGGAAUCACGGAACAAUAAAAGUACGAAAACCGAAACCUUAAUAUAUUUUCCCGAUAGCUGACCUUGGGCUAUACAGACGUGAUAUUAUAACAACGUCCUGCAUAGUCACCAUAGACGAAAGCAGGAGAACGGGCAGCGAUGAACAGCUGCCAGUGGAUCGUAUUCGCCAAGUAGUGUGUGCAUAAGUGCAUCCUGGCUUAACAGGCUAUGGUCCUAACGCCCUAAUGAACGAAAACGACAAGAACUCAUCUGUCCGGA